AUGAGUAAUAGACAUCCGAGUAUCAUUGAUGUAAUAGAAUCCUUCCUUUUGGGCCUCUCCUGCCUAAUCGGAGGAGACCAGUUUUACAUCUUGCUAUCGCAUACAAAUGUCUCAGUAAAGUUCCAGUAUUUACUACUAGUUUCUUUAUCUGUGGCAACUUUUAUCGCAGCUGCCAUUUGCGAUUGCCACACCGAUCUUUGCGUUAAUGGAGCCCAUUUGUGCUACGUGAUGCUCCUGGGGAGCCUCGUGGUGUUUGUAAACCAGAAGCUCAAGUCCUUCGUCGUAGUAACGGCCCUAACAUCGCUUAUCGCGGUCGUGGUAACGUACUUGGUUGUGCAGGCGUUCACACGCUACUCGAGGACCAGAAGGUACCUGCAAUCAUUCCUAUUAGGGUUAUUUUCAUCACGACUCUUCCCUAAUUUUGUCUGGUACUUCUACAAGAGGAGGUUCUUUGAGUACAUGUCGCAGUUGUACUCAGUCUCCCUCACACUCAUCACUGCUCGAUUCGCAACCUGCCUGCUGUCAAUGCUGAUAAAGGUGGGAAGGAGGAAGUUUAGCUUCUCGAGGGAGAAGGCGAACGGGCUGGUCGGGGGCUGGAGCCGCCUAGGGUUUGCGAAGGGGAACAGUGUGUUUCUGAACUUCUGCCAAAAGGUCAGAGUGUGCCUCUUCCCCUUUUUCGUUCUAAUAAUGUCCACGGCACUGUACCUGACUUUCCCGCCGACCCUGCUCGCCUCCCACUUCAACUACUCUUCCAACUUCACUGCCUCGCUGAGUUUUAUAGAAAUGUCGUUCCACCUGUUGGGAUGUUGUUUCGGUAUCGCAUAUCCAGUUUCGAAGACAGGUAAUGACCCGCGCUUCUACUUCAUUACCUUCUUCUUUUACAUAUUGUACUUCAACAGCCUGGCGAUGUACUACUACCUCAAGCACGCCUUUUCGCACUACUACAUGUUCCUGCUCGUGAUGAUCUCAGGCUUCUCACUCGGGUACCUCACGACGUACACACUGCACAUCGUGUACAACACGACACUCACUCAGACGUGCAUAACCAAGGAGCACUCCAACAGGCACUGCUGCUGUUCGAAGUUCUUCUCGGAGUGCUACUGCAGGUUCCUGAAGCUGAUAGGGAACGUCGACAAGACGCUUACCUUCAUAGGCAUGAACAGGUUCGACUGUUACAGGCCCGAAGUCUUCGGACAACGGACGUUCGUGUAUUCGAAGAAAGGAGACCACGCAAUCAUCAUAUGCCACUCUUCGGUGAAACUGACAACCAGGGUGAUUCAGGAGAAAGAGCGUGAAUUAUCCGCAACGUGCCCCUGUCUCAAGUUGAUUGGCAUUUACAAGUUGGAGAGUGUCACUGCGAGCACGUGCAACAACUGCCAGUUAUCGGUGAGGCUGGAGGCCUCGUCGCUUAACAUACCCGAAGAAGUGAUCAAGUGCACUCAGCAGGACUCGGGCGGAGACUGUUCAGCAAAAUGUUCAACCUGUUGCUUCACUGUGGACUGUUGCAAAAUGUGUAAAAACAGGACUACCACCAAGUUUAAGUGUUGCAAAAAGUGUAGAACUGUGUGUGAACAUGUUAAAAAAGACUAUGAAAAGUCUAAAACAGCAAAUCAACCACAAGCUGGAGCACAAACACAAGCUGGAGCACAAACACAGCCACCAGCACAAGCACAAGGUGGAACACAAAAAUCUGGGACAACGGGUGGAUCCGAAGCUAAGGAAAAAGAAGCCAAAAAUAUAGAAUUCACGCGAGUGUUCUUCUGUUACUCCAAGGACAAUAACACGUACUUUAGGGAGGUUUCUCCCUAUACCAAGCCCGAGUUCGACAGUGACCUGAAUGUGCAAGACGAGUUUUUGAUUAGGGAGAUGGCGAUAUCGUGUUGCUGCCACGCGGACCUGCAGGUUGACCUGCACUGUUCCAUGAAGAACAACUUCUUCAGACUCACCCAGAUCGAAUACAAGAACAAGAGACUGAAAAUAGAGUCACUGACCUUUUUGUCUAAGAAGUUUGAUGAUCAACCGGCUGAGGAACACUCAGCUCAAGAGUCCCAGAAACCAGAGGUGCCUCCACCUGCUAAGGUACCCGAGGUACCUAAAAAACCUGAGGCUGCACCUUCUACCGAACCCAAGGCGUCUGAAAAAUCGGCUAAGUGCUGCUGUGAGAGUUCGAGGUUUUCCAAGAUGUCAGUCAAGUAUAAGCUGCCCGAAAACGAUGAGGACUCGAUGAACGAAGACCUGAAGGAGCUCGUAAAGCAGCAGGUCCCCAGCGAAGACGAGAACUGCAGGUGCUCGGAAAAGUGCGAAGGCAAGUGCGACUGCUGCAAGAAGGGAAAGGGCAAGGGAUGCUGCUGCUGCCUCGUCUGCAAGCUGCCCGUGGACCCCGUGAGCUCCUUCAUUAAGAGAAUCGACUCGGUGCGAGUGAAGCUGGUGUGCACGACGCUCAUCGUGCUCACGGCAGUGUGCCUGCUCGUGGUCGUAUCCCUGUUCUUUAUGCGGGACAGGUUCAUCAUGCCGUACGCGUUCGACCCGAUGAUCACGUUCGCGGACCUGAUGCACAACGUGGACUACCACAGCCUACACUCGCGGCCCCGGAUCCAGGAGCUGAUGCAGCAGGCGGUGCGCCACUGCGGCCAGAGGGGAGCGAAGAAGGCGGAGCUGGCCUACAUGCUCAGGCUCUUCACGUGCGUGAUGAACCCGCACGAGGCCGACCUGCUGAACAAGUACCUCGAAAGCCACGUCCAAGAGUUCAUGAUCAGCUCGGCCAAGCAAUACAAGGCGGACGCGGUGAGCUGGUGCUACUGCUCCGGCUUCGUCUUCGCGUACCUCGCCUCGGUCUUCGGCGCAGUCCAGAGCUUCUUCUCCUACUGGGAGGAGCUCUGGCAGGGCGAAUACUCGGACUACCGCAGGCAGAUGUCGCCGCUCAUCAACAAGAUCGCGCACAAGUCCAAGUUCGCGCUCUCGCUCCUGAGCGAGGUGAAGAUCACGCAGCAGGCCAUCGACCUCAUCAACAGGACGCGCCUGCUCACCUGGAACGAGGUGCUCGACGAGCUCAGGCGCUAUACGGACCUGUACAGCGACGAGGUGAGGCUUAUCGAGUCGGGCCUCCCGCCCAAGUUCGACCUGCGGCUGCAGCACUUCCUGGACCGCUGGAACCACCGCGUGGACCACAUCAGGUACCUAGUCUCGACGCGGCGGUCGAUCUUCGACUGGGAGCCCUUUCUGAGCCAGUACGAGAACUUCAGAAUGUGGUACCGGUUCUUCAGGAUGUUCAUCGAGAGGUUCGAGGAGAUCGUCUCCUUCCCCCUCCGGGAGCUGAACGCGAACACCAGGGUGUUCGCGAACUACAAGAUUUAA